CCUGCUCUCACCGGUACUGUAACGGCUGCGCCGUUGUCUCAACUGAAGAUGAGCUUCGACUCCGUGGCGAGCGUCAAGCCUCCCAAGACCCGCACGCUCGUGCUUUGCUUUGAUGGGACCUCCAACCAAUUUGACGGUGAUAACACUAAUGUCGUCAAGCUUUACUCACUGCUAAAGAAGGACAACACGGACGACCAGCUGUGUUAUUACCAGCCCGGCGUAGGCACCUAUUUCCAUCCUGGUGCUGUCCAGCCUCUCUUCCAAUGGGGCGCCAGAAUGCUGGACGAAGCUAUAGCCUGGUACCUCGAUGAGCAUGUCCGAGGAGGCUACACCUUCCUCAUGCAAAACUACCGUCCCGGCGACAAGAUCUGCAUCUUUGGGUUUUCUCGCGGGGCAUACACUGCGAGAGCCCUGGCUGGCAUGCUUCACAAGAUUGGUCUACUGCCCAAAGACAACCCAGAGCAGCUCCCGCUCGCAUACAAGCUUUUCAAGAACUGCGACAAAAAUCACAGAGAACUCGCGGCCGGAUUUAAGAGGACGUUCUGCAGAAGCGUCAUGGUCGAGUUCAUUGGGGUUUGGGAUACCGUUGCGAGCGUGGGCCUGCUGAGGAGCAAGACCCUGCCAUUUACGACCACGAACACGACGAUCAAGACCUUCCGACACGCACUCGCGCUGGAUGAGCGUCGCGCGAAGUUCCAGCCGAACCUGUACCAUCGCCUGACCUGCGAUGCCUCCGCCACCGUCUCCGACCUGAUCGCUAUCCAGGAGGACGCACAGCCGACGACGUCUCCCAUCUCUGCCGUGGCAUCGUUCGACGAAGAGAACAAGAGGGCGCGCAUGGAAGCCGACAUGCGGGCAGAAGCCGAGGCGGCGCAGCCCCCUCCAGCCAACGAAAACCAGACGCCCGCGGACGGGAAGAAGAAGACGCGCUGGCUGAAGGGGCUCUUCAGAAAGACGACAGGCCCGUACGCGAAGGUACCGUGCCUCCAGGGGCGCCGCGCGAAGAAGCACGACAGCAUCCGCCCGCUCGACGACCCCGCAGGGGACCAAGUCGAGACGAACGUGCUCGAGGUCUGGUUCGCCGGGAGCCACGGCGACGUCGGCGGCGGGUGCGUGCCGAACGACACGCCGCACGCGCUCUCGGAUAUCUCCCUCCGCUGGAUGGUGCGCCAGGUCGUGCAGGCGCAGUGCGGCAUCGCCUUCGACAGCGACGCGCUCCGGCGCGCGGGUAUCCUCGACGCCGCGCUCGUCCCCACGGGCUUCACGUCCCCUCCCCCGCCCGCCACCACGCCGCCCACGCUCGCCGUCAAGACCGACGCGCUGCCGCCCAACGGUGGGCGGCCCGGGGACCAGCAGCCGCUCGAGGCGUUCGGGUACGGGCGCGCGAGCGGCGAGUCGACGGCGAGCAGCGGGAGCGGGAAGUCGCGGGCGGUCGCGACGGACGCGGUGCCGGAGGACGCGGACGCGACCGCGCCGCUGUUCGACCAGCUCCGGCUCUGCCGGUUCUGGUGGCUGCUCGAGCUCAUGCCGACGAACUACUGCUACCAGGACGGGGACGGCAAGUGGCAUGACAAGUGGAGCAUACACAGGGGCCGCGGGCGCCACAUCCCGGACAAGAACCCCAAGGUACACGAGUCGGUGAAGCACAGGAUGGAGCACCCGACGCUCAACUACCGCCCGCAUGCGCAGUGGGAGCCCAACAAGGAGGAAUGGGUCCAGUGAGGGGCACGCCAUGUGCCAUGAUCCUCGCAGUGCCGACGCCCUUCUCGCUUCCAAAAACGGCGGGACGACCUCCUAAUUUUAUGACUAUUUCCAAGAACGCACGGAACCCACGAUUUUCGACGACCGCAACUCCUCAUACGACGUUCUCAAUGCA